UUGAAAAAUGGAGAAGAUGAAGAGAGAUGGAUUUGAGACAAGUAGAGGCAAUAGUGAAGGAAUCAAAAGGUGGAAUCAUAAAAAAGAAAGAAACCCUAACUUGCAACGAUUUAUUAGAUGGAGGAGGAAAAGGAGGAAACAAGAAGAAGCCAAAUGCAAAUGCAGUGGAUUCAUCUAAUGCCCUCCAACUCUUCCUUGAUCACAUCCCCAUCAGCUCCAUCCCCGGCAUCAACAACUCAUCCACCGCUCAAAACCAAGUAUUGUUUGGGAGAUGCAAUUCGUUUAUUGUAUGAGAAGAAUGUGUUUGGUGCUCCCAUAGUUGAUGACUUACAUACAGACAUGGAUAGGGACCCAGACACCACCAGCCACAAACUUUUGGAUCACUAUAUUGGUUUCGUUGAUUUUGCUAGAAUGCUUCUUUGGUCUCUUGAGGUAACUUUGUCAUGACCUGAAUCCGCUCCUAUAGAUUAAGGUCAUAAUUGGCUAGUAAUCAUGAGAUUACCUACGGCCUCAAACCUGAUCAAGCAUGUUUCAAUAGAAAUAAGGGUCAAAGCGGAAGCAGGUUUAAAAAUUUUGUUCAAUGAGCUGUGCUUACAUGGGAAAUAAAAGACAUUUCCCAUAUACUUGAUAAUAACUCACACCACAUACCAACAGUUUACAUCUUGUACAUCCAUGAUUAUUUGAACAUAUAGUCAGCUAUACCAAAAAGAAAGCUUGUAAACAUAAAUGGUCU